UCAGCCCCGGUCCAAUGAGAGCAGUGGGGUCUGAGCUCGGAUAGAGUUGGGUUGUUCAAUCUGUGCGGAGGACAACAAGCCGCAGCUCUCAGAGUACCGGAUGGAUGGAUAGGUGGAUCAGUGUCGGCGAUGUUAACAACACCGAUCUCUUUCUGACGUCGGACUUUCUAACAAGCCUCGUUUCAGCCGCGUAACCGGCUCGGUGAGACCCGUCCUGAUGGUGCUGGUGGUGACCGUGGGCAGAGCUGAAGUUGCUGCUGAGCUCCGAAGAUGAUGUGAUCUUUUGUCCCAAACCUGAUCAAGCUAAAUAGUUUUAUUAAUGAGUUGCUGUUUGGCUGAAGGACGUGCGUCCUUUCACUGAGGCCACAUGUGUGUCUGGAGAGAUGGACCGCUGUAAACACGUGGGACGCCUUCGUCUAGGCGAGGACCAUUCUAUUCUCAAUCCUCAGAAAUGGCACUGUGUGGAGUGCAGCACUACAGAUUCGGUGUGGGCCUGCCUCAAGUGCUCCCAUGUGGCCUGUGGACGCUUCAUGGAGGAACACUCGCUCAAACACUUCCAGGAGUCCCAUCACCCAUUGGCUAUGGAGGUGCGGGAGCUGGAUGUCUUCUGCUUUGCCUGUGGAGACUAUGUACUCAAUGACAAUGCAGAAGGAGACCUCAAACUCCUCAGAGGGGCCCUGUCUACAGUUCGGAGCCCAGGUAGACGCUCGCUGCGCUCUUCCACCGGGGGGGAAGGCGGACCGCAGCCAGCCAUGCAGCUGGCCUUUCGCCACAGGAGGAAAGUGCUCAUGAGGAAGAUGCUCCAGAUGUGGAUGAGCAAACACCAGGAGCUUCAGAGUCAGUGCAAAGAGAAACUGGAGGAAGCUAGGAGACAAAAGAAGGAGGUAAAGAGGAGACUUAUGGAAGAACUUGUUAGUGUUCCUCCCAGAAAGAGUGCCAGGCUUCUAACUCAGGCGCCACGUUCAACCAUCACACUCGUUCCUCGCAAAUUUCGCGACCCACCUGAACGCCUACCUCCUGUUCCUCCUCCUAAGAAGCCUUCGAUUCUUGCUGUGCCCCGCAAGGCUCCCCGGGAUGGCAGAGCCACCAAACUGAGGAGAUACUACUCCACACAUGCUGUAACACGAAGGAAACUUGCUCCAGGUGUCACUGGUCUGCGUAACUUGGGGAACACAUGCUACAUGAACUCGAUAUUGCAAGUGCUGAGCCACCUGCAGAAAUUCAGGGAGUGUUUUCUCACUUUGGACCUAUGUGAGACAGAGGAGCUGCUAGCCAAGACCAAUCACUCCCAGGGAGUGAAGGCCAUGCCUGGGGGGGUUGUCAGUGGGAACACACCACUGUCAGAUUUACCUCUGGGACGUAUGGGGAAGGCGGGCUGUUGGAAUUUGCCUGUGGGUAAUAAAGAAAGUGUCCCUCCUUCCUCCCAGGCAGCAGAACUGGUCCAGCCCAAGGAGCCUCGCUGCUCCACUCGCCAGCAAAUGUCUCUGUGCCAUGAGUUGCAUACACUUUUCAGGGUCAUGUGGUCAGGCCGGUGGUCUCUGGUCUCUCCCUUUGCCAUGCUGCACUCCGUGUGGAACCUCAUUCCAGCUUUCCGUGGUUACGACCAGCAAGAUGCCCAGGAGUUCCUGUGUGAGCUACUGGACAAGGUGCAGCAAGAGCUGGACACGGACGGGUCAAAACGGCGGAUUGUCAUUCCCAUCACAAAGAGGAAGCUCUCGAAGCAAGUGCUGAAGGUUCUCAACACCAUCUUUCACGGGCAGCUCCUCAGCCAGGUGACGUGUUUGUCCUGUAAGCACAAGUCCAACACAGUAGAGCCAUUCUGGGAUUUAUCUUUGGAGUUUCCAGUGCGGUACCACAGUACAAACAAAGGCUCUGGCUCUACAGCUUACCAGCGUAGCUGCACCCUGGUGGAGAUGCUCUCCAAGUUUACAGAGAUGGAGGCUCUUGAAGGCAACAUCUACGCCUGCAACCACUGCAACAAGAGAAGAAGAAAAUCCUCCCACAAACCUUUAGUUCUGUCAGAAGCCUGUAAGCAGCUUCUGAUCUACCGUUUACCUCAGGUUCUACGGCUGCACCUCAAACGCUUCAGAUGGUCUGGCCGGAACCACAGGGAGAAAAUCGGCGUCCACGUGGCCUUCGACCAGGUUCUGAACAUCAAACCGUACUGCUGCACAGACUCGGGUCACUCCGUCCACAGAGGAGGCUACACCUACGAUCUGUCUGCUGUGGUUAUGCACCACGGUAAAGGGUUCGGCUCAGGGCACUACACCGCAUACUGCUACAACACCGAAGGAGGUUUCUGGGUCCACUGUAACGACUCUGAGAUGAAGGUUUGCAGUGUGGAGGAGGUGUGCAACACUCAGGCCUAUAUUCUCUUCUACACCCAGAGGUCCGCUUAGGCACCUCUCUCGCUGUGAUGUUGGCUCGUACUGAGGGCUGCAUUUAUAAAAACGUUGUCUGAUCUUUUCCCAGAUGUCACUUUAAAGGGUUUGUUAAAAUACAAUGACAAUGAGAGCAGAGGGAAAGCUACAGUCGUAGUGUAGGAAUCUGUUUUUACAGCAUAAUCCAGAUAAGAAAGCUUUUAAAAGAUAAAAAGAAAUCGAUUAUGAAUCUGGAUUGUGUCUGAAAAACCUUCUCAUAAAUGAGGCUCAAGGAGUGCUGGCCUGUGGGACCAGUUUUUGUUUGGCCUGAAGACUGUGGGAGCAGGUCCGACUCUGUCCUGCUGAACACCGAGUGGUGUGUCCAACAAUCAGCUCACAUCCCAAGCCACCGGGCUUUCUCUCUCCUCAGAAAGCAUUUUACAUUUAAAAAAACUGAUUCUGGUGGUACUACAUUAGUUUUGUUACAUCUCAUCCAGAAUUUCAUCUCAAGAGUUUUGAGAGAAAUCUGCUGAUCAGGCUAAAGUCCAAACUCUGUCGCUCCCCCUUACCUUUUAUUUUUUUGUGUUGAAAUCUCCGACCUGAGCUUUUCCUGCUCAUCUCCGUGUCAUUUGUAUCUCAUCUCCUCCUUUCCUCCAACCUACUGCUGUAACGGAAUACUGUGUCUUAGGCUCCAAACUCUCAGUGAACAUGAAUAGUUUCUGUUUUGUUUGAUUUUGUAGUCGUUCUGUUUUGAUUCCAUGAAAACGAGGCAGACAGUUUGAGACCAUUGGUAAUGUGUGUUGGGAAGCUGCAAUUUUCUAGAGGAGCUGUUGGUUCUGCAGUAAGUUUGGCUCCUUUGAGUCCUACGGUUUCAUCGGCAAGUACCACUCCUCUAGUCCAACCUGCAGAACUUGGUCCGGGGGCGGGACGCCAUGCUAAAGAAUGUUUUUACAGAAAUCUCAAAGCGCCCAUUUUUAAGUUGAGCACCUGAAAGCAAUAUAUUGUACAUCUUUCAUAUUGACCGGAAAUUAGGAUCAAAUCAGGAAUUCUGCUUGUUCUAUAAAAAUUUUUUUUACUCUGUUUCUAUCAAGGUCUUUAGGAUUUGCUAGGUAAUCAAGAAAACUGUUGUGUUUGAUACGAGUCAAAUACAAAAUCCAUUUUUGUGAACUCUGAAAGUUGGAACAAUCUAAUGACGAUGAAUGUCUUUCUUUAUAGAGGUCAGUUGUGGCCAUGUCACGGGUUCUGACCCACUUCAGUUCUGUCUUGUACUGUAAGUCAUAAAUGUAUUGUUCGUUUAGGUUUUGCCUGACAGUAAUUAUUAAAAAGACAACAAACGAG